GGGGACAUGAUCCUGAUCACAAGGUGAGGCAUGCUGUCCAAUAGGAGUGGCAGAUCUUCCAAGGACCUGUGUAAUUGGUUGAUAAGUCAACACGGUGUUUCUCAGGUUGCUCCUCCCAAAUGAGGUGACCAAGGGAUUUGUGGCUUCAUUUGAGCCUGAUUAGUUUUUAGCUGUCGGCUGCAAUAUGCCACAAGAACAGUGCAAACAAACAAACGCAUGGAAGCAGACAUCUUAUGGUACGAGCUCCAGAGAAAAUGGUGGCCCCUGUGCUCGCCUUGCUCUCCUCAACUAAACAUGUUCAACCUGAUGAGCAACUGCUGCAGCUGGGUUUCCAAGAUCCAGCAACCUUUAAGGAAAGUCAAUAUCCUGGUAGUUGGUCUUGACAAAGCGGGAAAAACAUCCUCUGUCAAGGGGAUGCUAGGAGUGCCACCAGGGGAUGUAGGUCCGACACAUGGGUGUGUCCGCACCGAGCUGAGAGUGGAGAACUUCCUGGUGACCCUGCUGGACAUAGGCGGAGCCCCGGAGGCCAGAGGAGCAUGGAGUGACCACUAUGGAGAUGUGCAUGGGGUCAUCUUUGUGGUAGACUCCAGUGACAGACACAGGAUCAAGGAGGUCAAGGAGGUUCUUGGUGACCUGCUCAAGCAGCCCAAAGUAGCUGGGAAACCACUCUUAGUGCUGGCCAACAAACAGGACAAGCUGAAUGCUCUGCUGGGCAGUGAGCUGAUUGAGAUCCUGUCACUGGAGAGGCUGGUGAACCAGAGCCGCUCUUUGUGCCACAUUGAGCCUUGCGCGGCCUUAAUGGACCUUCGGCGCUGGUCGGACAGGAAGACUUUGCGUGGUCUCCGCUGGCUUCUGCGGGCCAUCUGUUUGGAUUACCCAGAACUCUGUGCGCGCAUUGCCAGGGAUAGCAGGAGACCUCUGGCACCUCCUCAGGAGAAAGAUCGACGAGGGAAAGGAGAGAAAGGGCGCAACAAACCUAAAGAGGAAAGAAUACGUGCUAGCAAGACUGAUCUCCGACAUGUUCACCGGCCACAAGAGAAAGACAAAAAGGCUAAGACUGGAAGCACACUGCAGCCUAUUCGAAAUAUUUUGAAUAAGGAGAGCACUCUGAAAAAGACAUUUAAAAAAAAGAAGAAAAAGCAGGUCAAAAUCAAGGACACAGAGAAAAGCAAAGGAGGAGAGAAUAAGGAAGAGGAGGUUGAGGGCACAGAGGCAGACCAAGAGAAUGGUGGGCAGAAAGAGAAGGCCAGCAGAGCCCUGAUAACGCCUAAACGAGGCAAACUGAAAUGCAAGACAAAGGUGAAAGAGGAAACCCUUGACCUUCCAGAAUUACUUGAUAAUGAUGACAAACCUGCCAAAGGUAAAGAGGAGAAGAAGAAAAAGAAGAAAGCUGUGAAAGUGAAGAAGAAGAACAAGAUCAACACAGAGAAGGUGCCAACAGAGUUAUCCCAGCCAGUCGACCUCUCAACAACCUUUGAUCUUUACCGAAAAGCGAUUUUGGCUUUGAAAGAACGUCAAGAUCAAGCUCAAUGAAAGUAAGAGGGUCCUGGGUCAUGUGUGUGACGACGGGGUCUGCUGACGACAACAGCAGUCUAAGUUUAUGAUCAUGCAGUGACACCUCAGUGACCAUCCCCCCAGGACACAAAGCAAUCACAGAGAUGGGGAGGCCUGCGACAUGCUGCCCAGCCUGCACCACAACCUUCUUGUACAUGAAAUACAAUCUUGACUUUAUGGAUUAUUGAAGAAGAUUUUCAAAUCUUUUAAACUGAUACUUUGUUCAUUAUUGACAUUGUGUAACCCCCCAUUUCUGUUGUGUUAUUUGUGUUUUCUUUUGUUUGGUAUGGAUGUAUUACUGUUAUUUCUUAAAUGUCACUGUUAAAAACAAUACUUUCCUGAUGAUGUAAACUUGGCCAUACUAUUCAACUGUGUGUGUGUGUAAGACAUGAUGUAUAUAUUUACCUUUUUCUACAUAUUUUUGACAAAUGUUUCCCAUAAAGUGUUCUGGAAAUUGAGAGUAAAUUGUGAGGAAUUUAUGGAGAGUGGACUGAAAAC